AUUCUGUGAUUCGACAAUCUACAACAAUUCCUUCCUUUUUUUCUCAAGAUUUUCUUGGCCAUCCUCCUCAUCACUUUCCUCCCCAUCCCACAAGGAUGGCCAUGAAUAAUCUUCUAUUCACCACUUCACCAAUAUCUCACAAGCAACUCCUCUGCUCAUUCUCUUCAUUGCCAAUUCACACACUCAGCUACUCACCAUCACCUCUGCCUCUUCACAUUCCUACUUUGCCCUCGAGAAAACCAAGAAAUUCCAUCUUCACCCCCCAAUCUAAGGGGAGCGAUUCAGCUGAUGCUCCUGACCGCUUAAUCUCAGCCAUUACUUACUUUUACCCCUUUUUUGAUGGCAUACAGUAUGGCAAAUAUGUCAUUACACAGUUCAGUCCCUUUCAGACAAUCAUUCAACCCUUAGUCCCAGCAAUUAAGGUUUUCAAAAGCUUCCCUUUUAAUGGGUUUUUGGUUUUCUUGACCCUUUAUUUUGUUGUUGUGAGGAAUCGCAAUUUCAGUAGGUAUGUGAGGUUCAAUACUAUGCAGGCUAUAGUUCUUGAUGUGCUCUUGAUUUUCCCUGAAUUUUUGGAGAGGACUUUUAAUCCAAGAGAUGGGGUGGGCUUGGAAUUGAUGAUGAGCUUGGAUAGCACUGUGUUCUUGUUCCUCUUGGUGUGCUUGAUUUAUGGCUCGUCCUCUUGUUUGUUUGGUCAAGUCCCCAGAUUGCCCCUUGUUGCCGAGGCUGCUGAUAGGCAAGUUCUUUGAAUUAUGACUCUUGUACUUCAUUUGGCGAUUUCAGUAAUUUUUCUUUGUCAUAUUGAUAAGUUUUAAGUAGUUAGUAGUAAUACUUGUAUCUUUAUCAUGCCAUGAAAAUUUGAGUCCAGUUCUGUAUUCUGGACAAUGGAAGAAGAUUGAAAUGGUUUUGGAUAUCGUCUUGUGGGAUUCAGACCUAACAGGUCAAUUGAUGAUAACCUAGAUUCCUUGGUUGAAUGUCUUGAGAGUAUUUAAGGCAGAAAUUCAACAUGCAAUGUAUCUGUUAUGUUAUGAAUCAGUAUUAUUUUUGGUAUGUUUAUCUUUGGACUCUUCCCUUA